CAGAAACAAGAAACAACCAUACGAAUUGGACUUUUUAGAAGGGGGUAUCUUUUUUUUUAUACCCUUCUUAAGAACUUUCUCACUCUCAAUUCAACUCCUACACGAACAUCCUGAAAGAGAACCAGAGAGAGAAAUCUCGGACACUACGAUAACAUACACGGCGAAAAAUGGCCGGUUCGAAAAAGCGGAGUGCCGCCGACGACGAUUUCGUCCUUACAUUGUCGGAUGAUGAGAAUGACACGUUAGCGAAUAUUGAGGAGGAGGAGGAGGAGGGGGGGGGGGAUGAGCUGAAGGGAACGAAAAAGCGCAAGAGAGAGGAGCAACAGGCCGAGAGGAAGAACAAGAAGGUGAAGAAGCAGGAGCAGCAACAGGCGAUUCAGAAUAAGAAGAAGGGGAAGAAGGGGAAGGCUGUGCCUGUUGUGGAGGAGGUGGAGGAGGAUGAUGAGGAGGAAGAGGAGGAGGAGGACCAGGCUGAAGAUGAUGGAGCGCUGAAUUCGGAUUUCGAGUUCGACGUGGGUGGUGCGGCGAACGAGGUGACGGAGUUUGAUGGCUGGGGUAUUGGUGGUGCGCAGGAGGAGGAGGGUAAGAAGGGAGAUAAGAAGGCGGUGGAUAUUGAUGAUAUCAUUGAGAGGAGGCAGGCUAAAAAGGAGGCUGAGUUGGCGAGGAAGGAGAAGAAGAAGCAGAAGCAGGCGGAGGAGUUUGGUGGGUUUGACGAGGAGGAUGAGGAUGAGGAUGAGGAUGAGGAUGAGGAUGAGGAUGAGGAUGAGGAUGAGGAGGACGACGGAGGUAUGGAUGUCGACUUCGAGGAUGAUGAACUGCUGGCUGAGGAUGGGUUCGGCAUGGGGGUUGAUGGUGAGCAGGAGGAGAGCGAAAAGUCCGAUGCUGAGGAGGACGAUGAGGAGGAGGCCGAGGGCAGUGAUGAAGGAGAGGACGACGGUGAGGAUGAGGAUGAGGACGACGACGCUGCUUCGGAUAACGACUCGGUUGCGACCCCCGUCGGUCACCCUGAUGAUGCUGCCUCGGACCGCGAGUCGGACGUGGAGAGUGAGGUCGACGAGGAGGAGGCCGAGAAGCGCAAGGCUUUCUUUGCGCCAGAGGAGGAGAAGACAUCCGAGUCUGCUGCAGCCGAUGCGAAGCGGUCGUUCCAGGAAUUCAACCUCUCUCGUCCCAUCCUUCGUGGUCUGGCCGGCGUCAACUUCUCGAACCCGACUCCUAUCCAGCGGAAGACAAUCCCCGUGGCGCUUCUGGGCAAGGAUAUCGUCGGUAGUGCCGUCACCGGUUCCGGAAAGACGGCUGCCUUUGUGGUCCCCAUCCUCGAACGUCUCCUGUUCCGGCCGCGCAAGGUCCCGACGAGUCGCGUUGCCAUCCUCAUGCCCACCCGUGAAUUGGCGGUCCAGUGCUACAAUGUUGCUACGAAGCUGGCCACGUAUACGGAUAUCACCUUCUGUCAGCUGGUCGGUGGUUACAGUCUGCGCGAGCAGGAAAACAUCUUGAAGAAGCGUCCCGAUGUGAUCAUCGCCACCCCCGGUCGUUUCAUCGAUCACAUGCGCAACUCGGCCAGUUUCACCGUCGACACCCUGGAGAUUUUGGUUCUGGAUGAGGCCGAUCGCAUGCUCGAAGACGGAUUCGCGGACGAGUUGAACGAGAUUCUCACCACCAUCCCCAAGUCGCGCCAGACGAUGCUUUUCUCGGCUACGAUGACUGACACCGUCGACAAGCUCAUUCGCGUCGGUCUCAACCGUCCCGUGCGGUUGAUGGUCGACGCCAAGAAAAACACCGCCUCGAACCUCGUCCAAGAAUUCGUGCGUCUACGCCCUGGACGUGAAGAUAAACGGCUGGGUUACCUUCUUUACCUCUGCAAGGAGAUCUACACUGGUCGGGUGAUUGUUUUCUUCCGUCAGAAGCGCGAGGCCCAUCGGGUGCGCAUUAUUUUCGGACUGCUGGGAUUGAAGGCUGCUGAGCUCCACGGUAGCAUGAGCCAAGAACAGCGUAUUAAAAGUGUCGAGAACUUCCGUGACGGCAAGGUCGCCUUCCUCCUGGCCACCGACCUGGCGUCUCGUGGUCUGGAUAUCAAGGGAGUCGAGACGGUCAUCAACUACGAAGCGCCGCAGAGCCAUGAGAUCUACCUGCACCGUGUCGGUCGUACUGCGCGUGCGGGUCGGUCCGGUCGGGCCUGCACCAUCGCUGCCGAGCCCGACCGUAAGGUGGUCAAGGCCGCCGUCAAGGCCGGCAAAGCCCAAGGAGCCAAGAUUGCCAGCCGCAUCAUCGAGCCGGCGGUUGCGGAUUCCUGGGCCGCAAAAGCGGAGAAUCUGGCGGAUGAGAUCGAAGAGGUGCUUUCGGAGGAGAAGAUGGAGAAGGAGCUGGCCCAGGUGGAAAUGCAGGUGACCAAGGGCGAGAACCUGCUCAAGCACGAGGCGGAGAUCAAGUCGCGGCCGAAGCGUACCUGGUUCGAGACGGAACGGGACAAGCGGGCGGCGCGGAAGCUGGGCGCCUCCGAGCUCAACGGCCCCGACGCCGUCAAGUCCAAGAAGGACAAGCAGAAGCUGAGCAACAAGGAUAAGAAGCGCCUGGAUGACUCGCGCCAGCGGCACGAGGCCGGCGCGGGAUGGAAGAAGGGUAAGGUGGCCCGGGAAAGCCAGGUCAAUGGGCAGAUGCCGAAAAGCAACAAGGGCAAGGGGGGCAACAAGAAGGGCCGGAAAUGAGGGAUUUCUCUGUGAAUAGAUUUUAUGUGAUUUUUUGUGCAUUAGCAUCUGGAUUGACCGGUGAGGUAUGUACUUACCGACUUGUUAUUACCUACUUAUUCC